UGUCAGCUUUCUUACUUUCGGACUUGGCAACUCCGAAUCCAGAGGAUGAGAUUUCGGGCUCCGUGAUUGGUUGGCUACAGAUCGGUUUGUUGUUAUAAAUUGACCUUCAACCUCCAUUCUCCCAUACCUUCAACCACCCCUUUCUACCCUCCUCUCAUCCUCUUUAUUGUUUAUUGAAAGGUUUGUAAUGGCCGAACGAGUUGCACACCCAGGGCCUCAGGAUCGUUCAGUGUUGUUUAUGCUACCGGAUGAGCAUCGUGCCGAUCGUGUGUGGCAUGAAUCAUCAUUUCGUGACGUCAAACUGAAAUGCCAGCACUAUUCGAGAGAAGCCUACGUUGAGGAGGGUCCGCGUCAUCCUAGGGUGGUACAGUUGCUGAGAGUAUCGGGCUUUCAUGGUGUGGAGAGAAUAGGACAAUUGCAGUUAGAUUGGUCUCUUGUGACUGCGUUAGUGGAGAGGUGGAGACCCGAGGUACAUGCAUUUCACUUGCCCUUUGGUGAGGUAGGAUUGACCUUGCAGGACGUACAAGUGUUGUUGGGGUUGCCUAUUGACGGCAUACCACUCACCGGUCCUACGAUUACUGAGAAAGCAGCGUUAUUGCAGAUGUGUGCAGAUUCUGUUGGUUUUAUACCAACAGAUGAGGAUUUAAAUUCACCCACCAUAAAAGUACCGAAUAUCCACCGCAUUCCAUUAACUGAAUGGAGCACUGAGAACGAGGUGACUCAACACACUAGAGCCCUCAUUUGGCAGUUGUUAGGCGGUUCGUUAUUUCCUACCACUAGUGGGAACAUGGCGAGCUGGUACUUCUUGGAGUUGUUGCAGGGCAACUUAGCAGAAGUGCACCGAUGGAGCUGGGGCUCAGCCGUCUUGGCCUAUCUUUAUCAUACCAUGUGUAAGGCGGCCAAGGCCAAGGCUAAACAGAUCGGAGGAUGUCUAAUUCUUUUACAAAUUUGGGCAUGGGAAAGGUUGCCGAUGUUUCGGCCCCAAGGUCAUCUCCCUUUGGAAAGUAUUUUGGAUUUCCCAUAUGCUGCUAGGUGGGCAUGUCAUCAUGAUUAGCAACAAACAAACAGAUUUUCGUUGCGGAUAUACAGGGACCAACUAGAUCGGAUCACGGAAGAUGAGGUAUAUGUUGUACCAAUCAAAUGAUAUAAAUUGUUAUGUGUGCUUACUGAAUGAGAGAUAUUUUGCAGUUUGAAUGGACCCCCUAUCCGUUGAUGGCCCUGCCAGACUUUUGCCAUUUUGCAGACGAUUUGUGGGGUGCGGAGGUUCCAUUGAUAUAUACGCAUAUUUCUGAGGCGUACUAUCCUGGCAGGUUUUGUCGUCAAUUCAACGCAUAUCAGAAUAAAUCCAGACUAUAGGUAACAUUGUAGCAUUUUAUUAAAUCUACUAUAUAUGUUUGUGUGGUUCAUAGUAAUUAUGUAGUUGGGAUUAAGAUAAAACAAUUACUAUUAGUAUCAACCCCGCCAUAAUUGCAUUCCGACUUACACAAGAGCCAAAAUCGACAAACUGCUUACAAGUAAGUUCAUCGCUUCUGAAAUAAGUUCUACAAUUCGCAUAAAACCAGACUAUAGUAUUAAGCUAAUAAUGAAUGACAUACACCAAAAGUAUAACAUUCGUGUUGGAUAUAAGAAAGCAUGGUAUGCACGUAUAUUAGCAUUGGAGCAACGGUUCGGCAAUUGGGAGACAUCGUACAACGAUCUCCCAAAUGUCUUACAAGCAAUGGCGUAUACUAACCCAGGGAGCAUAAUUGAUAUUCAAAGUGAUAACACCAACACCCAAGGAACAUAUGAGUUUAAAUUUGCAUUUUGGUCAAUAAAAGCGGCGAUUGACGGCUUCAAUCACUGUCUUCCGGUGGUGUCAAUUGAUGGAACUCACUUGUAUGGCAAGUACAAGGGUCAUCUCCUAGUCGCGGUGGCAAUGAAUGCCAACCGUGAAAUCUACCCUCUAGCAUUUGGAGUGGUAGAUAGUGAGAAUGGUGCUAGUUGGAAGUGGUUCUUACAAUUGCUUGUGACACAUAUCAUACCCCCUGAUCGAAAUGUUUGCAUCAUCUCCGAUAGGCAUGCGGCUAUAGAUUAUGCAUUUCGAAAUGUGGAACAAUUGGGAACACCUCAAAUUCAGAGACGUUAUUGUCUUCGCCACAUUAGAAGCAAUUUCAUGACCCAAUUUAGAAGUAAACAACUAAAGAAGUUGUGUUGGCGAGCAGGAAGUACCCCAAUUGUAAGUGAAUUUCAUCAUUAUAUGCAACAAAUUCGGGGUACUAACGAGAGAGCUUUCAAGUAUUUAAAUGACAUUCCCCAAGAAAAGUGGGCACUUUGUUUUGAUGGUGGUUGUCGAUAUGGUAUUUUAACGACAAAUCUUUCAGAAAGUUUCAACAAUGCUCUCAAAGGAUGUAGGACAUUGCCAAUCAGUGCCCUUGUGCGAGCGACUUUUGACAAACUGGUCCAGCUCUUCGCCCAACGUCGUACUGCUGGUAUGAUGUGGCAGCAAGCUGGAUAUCAUUUUCCGGACAACAUUCGGAAAGAGCUUAUGGAGCGUUGGCAACAACGACCUCACACUGUGGUUCUUCCACACAACCAUUACACAGGAAUUUACUCGGUCUCCGUAGAAAAUGCAACACCUGUUACGGUUAAUCUAUCCAGACGUGUUUGUGACUGCGGUUGUUGGAGGAUGAACGGAAUGCCAUGUGUCCAUGCACAUUCUGUGUGCCAUUUUCUAAAUUGCAGUGUUGAUUAUCUUAUUCCUGAGGUAUACAAACUGAGUUCUUACAUAAAUGCACAUUCCAGUGAUAUCAUGCCAUUUCCGAAUAUGAAUGAGUGGCCGCAAAAUGAGUUCAUUCUUCUUCCGCCUAAGUACUCUUCCAGAACUUCUCGAGCUGGGCGCCGUCAAGAAACAAGAUUUCCAAAUGAGAUGGAUAUGCGUCCAAGACGAAGAGGACAACAUGAUUGAUUUGUAUUUGUACUCUUAUAAUGUAAUCUGUUUUUGUACUUUGUUUUAAUGUUUUAAAAUAUUUAUUAGCCAUAUGUUUUAUAUGUACCUUUAAUAUGACUUAUUGUGCAAUGAACUUUGUUUUAUUUUGAAUUCGUAUGACUUUAAUUUAUGGGUCACUUAUAAAUUAUACGUGUUAUAUUGUA